AACUUUGUGAAGGCCAUGCUGGUGAGGAACCCCAAGAAGAGACCGAGCGCCACCAAGAUGCUCACACACACCUUUCUGACCCAUCAGUGCCUGAACCAGGAGCUGACCCUGGACCUGCUGGAGAAGUACCGACACCCUGAGAAACUGAAGAGCUGCCUGGUCACAGACGAUGAAGAGAUGGAGGUGAUUGUUCCUGGAUCGUUAAGGAGAAUCCAGUCCAUCAACAAACACAACAGAGCGGGAAGAACCAACUCUGACAUAAGCUUGAAUCAGAUCUACACUCAGAGGCCCACGAAGACCGACUCACCGACUGUAACUUUAAGGCCAUCG